UCAGCCCAGCCCGAGGUCGCUGCGGUGCCAACGAGGAACUACCCGAGCCCGGUGCUCCCCGCUGCGCUUCGCAGGGGGCUACAUAAUUUAUGAAAGGUCCCCGUUUAGCCUGAAAGACGUUCCCCGAACGGAAUUCCCAGGGAAACACCACACGCGGGUCUUUCCAGCGUGACGGGCCGCUGCCCGCCGGGAGGGCGCGGCGGGGAGGAGGGGGGGGGGACACGACACCCGCCAGGGCCAGGCUCGCCGAGCCCCGCAGAGAUCCGCCGAGCGCCUCCCGGCCCGAGCCGAGCCCCGCGGAGGGAGGGCGGGCAGGAGCUCGACGAAGGCAUUUUCCCAGCGACGAUUUCAUUGAAGAAGCCAAAAUGUGGAGGGCGGUGGCUAGUGUCCUGCCGAGGGCCAAAGUCCCCGGAGGCAGGGUGUGCUGCCUGCUGCCGGCGCAGAAGGGCAGGAGCCUGGUGGCCGGCACCACUCGGCAUCGCCGGCGGGACAUCGCUGCCGGGGGGCUCCGUGCCGCCCGGCCGCUCAGCAUGAACCCCGGGAUACAGAAGGUGGAAGCUUUGGACGCUGGUCAUUUCGUGCGGGUGGAGUGGGAGGACGGGAGCGAGAGCCGCUACCCCUGCGUCUGGCUGAGGGACAACUGCCAGUGUCCCCACUGCUUCCUGCGCUCGGCCAGGGCGCGCAGGCUCGUCUUCGAGGACCUGGACGUGAACAUCGUGGUGAAGGAAGUGGCUCUGGCAGACAGAAAAAAGAUCUCUAUUACGUGGCCUGAUGAACACGCGAGCGAAUAUGAAGCUGAGUGGCUGAAAAAACGGUGCUUCUCCGAAGAAGCCAGAGCAGAAAUGCGAGAAGAUUUAUUUUUGCCAGAACGCCAGUACUGGGGGUCAGACCUGCAGCUUCCCAAAAUACCUUUUGAAGAAGUCAUGUACAACGAUGAAAGCGCGUACAAGUGGCUGUGCACCCUGAAGAAAGUAGGAAUCGUGCUGCUAACAGGAGCUGCUGCUCGGCAGGGAGAGUUGGUGAAACUUGGCCACAGGAUCGGGUUCUUGCGUCUCACUUUUUAUGGACCAACGUGGCAAGUGCAAGACAAAGCAGAUGCCAACAACGUGGCUUACACGACUGGGAAACUGUGUUUUCACACCGAUUACCCUGUUCUGCAGCAUCCACCUGGGGUUCAGCUUCUCCAUUGUAUAAAGCAAACAGCUGCGGGAGGCGAAAGUGAAGUUGUAGAUGGAUUUAACGUAUCCAACAAGCUGAAGAAACAAAAUCCUCAGGCGUAUCAGAUCCUGUCCUCUACUGCUGUAGACUAUACAGAUGUUGGGGUGGACUACUGUGAUUUUGCUGUGCAAAAUAAACAAAGGAUUAUAGAUGUGGAUUCCCGAGGCCAAGCAGUUCGCAUCAAUUAUAACAACGCAACAAGAGACACAGUGUUUGACAUACCAGCUGAAAAAGUGAGGCCGUUUUAUGCAGCUCUAAAGGAAUUUAAUGAUUUAUUAAACAGCACAGAACACAAGUUUACUUACAAGCUGGAACCAGGAGACAUAGUGACGUUUGAUAACUGGCGCGUGCUCCAUGGUCGCCAAAGCUACCCGUCGGGGUCAGAAGUGACUCGUCACCUGGAAGGUGCCUAUGCAGACUGGGACGUGGUCAUGUCAAGGCUCCGGCUCCUCAGGAAGAGGGUCCUGAAUAGGGACUGAUCGUUCUUCUAACUAGAAUGAGCCAAACCUACAUUGUCCAACCUCGAAAAAAAAAAAAACCACAACACUUAAAUAUUGUGUUUUCUUUUCAUAAACUAACACCACAAAUAUAUUUUUGAGUUCCAUAAGCUAAGAAACCUGUUGUUCAUAACAAUUUAUCUGUGCCCUGGUCUAUAAAUCUAUAAAAUGCCUUGCUACCUCUGUCACUGUCAGUUUAAUUUCUUUUUCAAAAUCAGUGCACAAAGUGGCUUGAAAGAUUAUGACUCUACUGGGCUGAGUGGGUAUCACAACGCCUUAGUUUUUGCUCUACAGAUACAGCUGCUCUCCCUAGAAAGCUCGGAAGGGAGCAUCAAAACAGGGCUUAUAAGAAUCACUUACUAAAGAUUUGUUAUGAACAGCCCCUUCCUCUGUUUUCAGGGAGGCAUUCUUUAUUGCAUAAAUCAUAACUAAAAGCCACUAUCAAAAUAAGCAGCCACUGCUGUGGAGUUACUUUUAUAUACACACCUUUGUAGGUAGAACUCCACUUUAAUACAAGAUCUCAUUCAACAGGCACUGUCUGCUGCAUCUCCUGCUGUACUUGGGAUGACUAUCACAGCCACAAAUUAUUUUUCCUACAUUUCUAAGUCCACAAACUAUAGAGCUACCCAGAGAACUGGGAAUAGAAAUAAAUCCCAGUGUAGGGGUGGCAGAUAGGCUCGGAAAUCCCAUCGGAUGCUGUGCACAGAUGUAAUUAAGAUCUGCAGGGCGGACAGACUGCCGAGUUAAGUCGGGAAGAGGAGCGCUGAUGCUUUGCAGCUAGAAAUCACAAAGCACAAGAGGCGGGUUUUGACUCCGCACCUGACAGAGAAGUGGUGACUGAGCUCAGAUCCCUUUUUGUCACUCCAAAUAAAGAGAGCACGCCUCCGAUCGAUAGACUUGGUCUGCAGGGUGUUUUCCUCUAGGCUGCAUUCUGAAUAGAGAUCACACUAUGUAAAAAUUACUGCAGCCGAAGGAGUGUUUGUUUUUUUUUUUCCCCUAUAUUCAAAUGCCAUAUUGAAAGGGAAAGAAUUUUAAAAUACUUGUUUUUAUACCCAAUAGUAUGUCCCCUGAGUUUAUUUUUCACUGUCCUUCUAGCUGCAGAGUUAAGAGGACGCCCUCUCGCCCGUGCUGAGAGCCUGGCAAAAUAUCCAGCCACACCUCCACCCUCACGUCUGCUCCCUGCAACUCUUUAUUUUCAAACUAUUCCUUGAAAGUCCAGUAAAUCCUAGUCUCUUCCUAGUGGGCUGAAAUAGCAGAACUACAGCUACAGAAUUAAAUAGCUGUAGAAUUAAAUUCGUUGACACGAAAAUACCUGACAUAAGUGAGACCCUAACAUCAGCUUGCAAACACUUCCAUAGCUUCUACUCAUCAUUUACAGGCAAUAGAUAUCUCAGCUAAAUAUCAAAUAACCAAAUAAAUUAAUAGUAAAUAAAAAAUCAAACUAAAUAGGCGUCGGUCAUGACCUGGUGUAGUGUGGUUCGAAUCCAUUCCUCUUUAGUAAGUAUGGAAAUGUUUUUAUCAAAGUUUAGACAUCAAGACGUAGCGUGACAAACCUGGCUUUUAGCGAUAAUUUGAUUUCUCAGUGCCUCCUUUAACUUUGGAAACAUGAAAGUAUUUUUUUUGCCUUUGCUAUAAAAGGAGGAAAAGAUGAGGGAAGGUUAAUACCUAUACUCCGUAGGACACCAGCAGUACUGUGCUUUGCCUGUGAUAUUUUCCAUGUAACAAUUCAGCGAAGAUUGCAAUUUAUAACUUUAAAACAAGACACCGUGGGAUUUAUACCAAUGGUUAAUAGAGAAGACCUAUUUUCUGCUUUUAUUCUGUACUUUUCUAAAAACUGUUUUAUUCAAAGUUCUGUUUAUUAAAAGCCGUUAUGGAUGUUAUGGA